GAACGACGCCUUAGUUGAUCUCAGUUCUUCGAGCAGGACGCUCCGAUUAAGCUUGCAUAGUGUAAUCAGUAUUUGUGCUGCGCAGUUGUACUCUCUUAAGUGUUAUUGGCGGUUGAUAAGUGCAACGAUGUGGUUCUUCAAGGUGGGAGCCUUGCUAUUUUUGGCAGCGUUGGUUUCGGCCAACAAUGCCACUACCGGUCCCAAGGUCCUCUGCUACUACGAUGGACAGAUGUCUCUUCGCGAAGGUCUGGGCAAAAUAACCGUUACGGACAUUGAGCUUGCCCUGCCGUUCUGUACGCAUCUGCUGUAUGGAUUUGCUGGGGUAAACCCGGAAACCUACAGACUCAAAGCGCUUGACGAGAGCCUUGAAUUGGACUCGGGCAAAGGUCAAUACCGAUUGGCCACCACUUUGAAGCGCCGCUAUCCGAACCUUAAGGUUUUGCUCAGUGUCGGAGGUUACAAAGAUCUGGCAGAGGAAAAACCGUUCGAAAAGUACCUUACUCUGCUGGAAUCCGCCGGAUCGAGGACGGCCUUCGUCAACUCGGUGUAUUCAACCCUGAAGACGUAUGAUUUCGAUGGAUUGGAUUUGGCGUGGCAGUUCCCUCAGACCAAACCGAAGCGUAUCCGUGGAUGGACCGGAAAGGUGUGGCAUGGAUUCAAGAAACUCUUCACCGGAGAUAGCGUUUUGGAUCCGAAAGCUGACGAGCAUCGGGAGGAGUUCACGGCUUUGGUGCGCGAUUUGAAGAAUGCACUGGUGGCGGAUAAUUUCAUUCUUGGAUUGACGGUGCUGCCGCAUGUGAAUGAGAGCAUUUUUAUGGAUGUGCCGCUGUUGAAGGAUAACUUAGAUUAUGUUAACUUGGCUUCGUUCGAUCAGCAGACCCCGGAACGGAAUCCCAAGGAAGGGGAUUAUACCGCUCCGAUUUAUGAGCCAAGUGAGCGCGUUGAAGGAAAUAAUGUUGAUGCCGAGGCGAGUUAUUGGUUGAAACAAGGAACCCCUGCCGGCAAGAUCGUCAUCGGCAUCCCAACCUAUGGCCGCGGCUGGAAGCUGGUGGAGAAAUCCGGCAUCACUGGUGUCCCUCCAAUCCCUGCGGACGGACCUUCCAUCCCUGGCCCGCACUCGGGUAUCAACGGUUUCUACAGCUGGGCUGAAGUGUGCGCCAAACUGCCCAACCCGGGAAAUGCCAACUUGCAGGGAGCCGACCAACCUUUGCGCAAGAUUGGUGACCCAACACGUCGCUUUGGGGCCUAUGCUUUCCGCAUUCCGGAUGAAAACGAGGAACAUGGAAUCUGGCUUUCGUACGAAGAUCCGGACACGGCCGGAAACAAAGCUGCAUACGUCAAGGCGAAGGGAUUGGGCGGAAUUUCCAUCUUCGAUCUGGGUAAUGAUGACGUUCGCGGGGCCUGUGCUGGAGAUAAGUUCCCCAUUCUGAGGGCUGCUAAGUAUAGGCUGUAAACGUAACAUUCAGUUUAAUGUUCCAGUACGCUUUUAAGAUUUCAUGACAGACAAUAAAGAAAAGAAUAGCUCUUUAUGAUUCGAAAA